GUCAACGUCUCGUCGCCUCCGCACACAUACGCCGAGACGCAACCAUCAGAAGUCAAUGUCGCCGAGCACAGUGAAGCUGGCCUCUGGCCACUCAAUGCCCCUCGUGGGUUUUGGUCUCUGGAAAGUCCCGGCUGAGACAGCGGCUGAUAUCGUUUACAAUGCCAUCAAAAUCGGGUAUCGCCAGUUCGACGGUGCGUACGACUACCAGAACGAGAAGGAAGCAGGCCAGGGCAUUCAGCGAGCCAUCAACGAAGGCCUCGUCAAGCGCGAGGACAUCUUCAUCACCACGAAGCUGUGGAACAACUACCACAAGAGGGAGCAUGCCCUCCAGAUGGCGAAGGCACAGAAUGAGGCCUGGGGCCUCGGCUAUAUCGACUUGUACCUGAUUCACUUCCCCAUUGCCCUCAAAUAUAUUGAGCCCGAGACUUUGCGCUACCCAGGUUGGUGGAUGGAUGCGGAACGAUCCAAGAUCGAGCUCGCCAAGGUCCCCAUCCAGGAGACAUGGCAGGCCCUGGAGUCGAUAGUCGACGAGGGCAUCGCCAAGUCCAUCGGCAUCUCCAACGCGCAGGGCCAGACCCUCUACGACAUCGAGACGUACGCCCGCCACCCCAUCUCGUCGCUGCAGAUCGAGCACCACCCCUACCUGGUGCAGGAGGAGCUCGUCACCCUCGCGCAGAAGAAGAACAUCGCCAUCACGGCCUACUCGUCCUUCGGCCCGCAGUCCUUCCUGGAGCUGUCGCCGGCCUUCCACCGGCGCGCCAAGGACACGCCGCUGCUCUGGGACGUCGCGCCCGUGCGGGCGGCGGCGGCGAGGACGGGCAGGACGCCCGCGCAGGUGCUGCUCCGCUGGGCCACGCAGCGCGGCAUCGCCGUCAUCCCCAAGUCGAACAAUGCCGGCCGCCUCGCGCAGAACCUCGACGUGACUGGCUUUGACCUGACGCAGGAUGAGAUUGAUGCCAUCAGUGCGUUGGACAAGGGGCUGCGGUUUAACGAUCCUGGUUUCUACCUUGCAGAGCCUAUCUCCCUGUUUGCCUGA